AAGUUAGGCAUUUAGGUGUCUUACCCACGGCCUUCAAAGUGCUAACAAGGGAUUACUGAGGUAAAUGUUGAAAGAGGUUUAUCCCCAAUGCUUAGGCAGUACUCUUAAUUACAUUUCAAGGCAGGGUCCAGCGCACCGGUGUAAGGAGAGAUCACAGUGAUGUCAGGGAAGGGAGGGCUUAACAGGAGAGAUAAAGCCAGCUAAUAGCGAUAGAAUGAAUCGGUAUUUAAAGGUCUUUUUCAGUUAAGGCAGCUUGCUGGCACAGGAGUGUGAGGGUGCUGUUUUGUCCGAGGCAAAAGUGCUUUAGUGCUGGAGGGCACUGGUGUGGUUUCAGUAGUGGGCCUUCUCUGGAGAUCUACUCGGGUCGUUUUCUAGAUUUCUUUGUUUUUUUGGGGAGUACAUUUCCUCUGCCUGGCCAGCACAGUUGAGGAUCCUGCUCAAAUCCUUGGCAGGAAUUUCAAGAAAGUCGAGGAUUCAUACUGAGGGAGCGUUGGGGACUAAAGCUGUUAUAUAUAGAGGAACAGCCCCACAAAUACAAAAGCUCAGGUUGUGUCAUGACACCGCGUGAGCAGCUGAGGAAGAUGACGUCACUAGGGGAACAGGGAGCCCUGGAUGAGAAGAACUGGUACCGCCUGGUCAACGGCAUGUCUGCUGGAGAGAUGAGGCAGAGACAGGAGCUGAUGAUGAGGAACCAGAUGGCAAUGGCCCCCCAGAUCCUGGCCCAGGGGCAACAGAGGCUGCAGGGCGUGCCAUCCCAGUUUGAGCCUCGCUUCAUGGAGCGGGAGCUGGGGCCCCCCACUGAGAUGGUAUCCUCUGAUGCCCGGCAAAUGCAUAUGGGUGCCCACCUUGGACCCCCCCUGCCACCUCAUUCAGGUGUCAUGCCUGGCCGAGGAUUUCCUGGAGCAGGGUACAGUUUUCUGCCGUCUGAGCCUAUGGAGACCGUUGCCAGGAGACAGGAGCUCAUUCACAAGCAGAACAUAGCCAGAAUGGAGAUGAACGCUAUCCUGCACCAGAAAGAACUUGAGAACGCCCAUCAGAAGGGACUCAUGGGUAUGGAGAACCCAAUGAUGUACCCAGGCAUGCAGGCAAACCCCAUGGCAUUCAGGGGGCGGCAGCGGCACCCGGAGGGGCACGACGUCUUCGUCCACCGCACGACUCUCGACGACCUCCAGGCCAAUAGCCUGCUCAUGUCCACCAGCCCCUACCCACCAAUCAACAGCCUGCAGAGGGAGAGGAGCCGCCGGGUUGGCAGGAGGGCGCCUAAUCACAAGACAGUAGACAGCAACAGCUCCGGCCCCAAGGGCCCGUCGGAGGACAAGAGCGUGGACCAGAGCCCGGGAGGAGCCUCAGGGGAGGAGAAGGAGACGGAGGGGAAGGGAGUGUUGGGCGGGGACACCUCCGACAGCAAGCCGCACCAGGUUAAAAUGGACACUGAGCUGGUGUCCAGCAACGGCAGGAAGAGCUACAAAGAAGGCGGCGAGCAGGGCCUGAGGAAGGCCUGCAUCAGCAGCCAAGAUGUCUGCUCAGAUGUGACCAACUGCAGCUCCAGUGUGGGAGACAAGGACAUGCCCAAUCAGUGCUCUGCGUUCCAGGAGAAGUUCAUGUUCCCAGCCGGGCCUCUCGCAACCCUGCCCUACAUGUUCCCAAUGCCAGGAAAUGGCCUAAUGCCAUCUGGUGCUCAAAAUGUUUUCCUCAAUGGAGAAGAGAUGUCAACACUUGAAGAUAUCAGGAAGUGGACUGUUGAUGAUGUCUACAAUUUCAUUGCGGAAAUACCUAGCUGCUCUGAAUAUGCACAGACGUUUAAAGACCACAUGAUAGAUGGAGAGACAUUGCCCCUUAUGACAGAGGAACAUCUGCUGGACACGUUCAGUAUGAAGCUAGGACCGGCCCUCAAAAUAAGAUCACAGGUGUCUCGGCGAGUGGGCAACAUGAUGUACAUGAUGAACAUGCCCCUGCCUGCCCCUGUGCUGCACCCCACGGCGGAGAAGGCAGGUGGGGACCGCUCCUCAGAGAUCAGCUCCCCCCUAAACUGCAACAGCGCGGAGCUGCUGGGAAGCCCCUGCACCAGAGACAUGGAAACCCUGAAGCCAUCUGAGCCUGCAUCAGAAACUGAGAACCCUCUCUCUCCAGCGAACAAAACAGCAUAGUCAGAACUGGUGCUCUUACUGUGUGUUUGAGUGUGUUUGUAUGGGUGUGUGUGUGCGUGUGUGUGUGCGUGUGUGUUAUCAUUUUGUUAAAAGGCUCCCAUUCACAAAAGGGCUUUUAUUCUCACUGAUUUCCACUUUCUGUCUGAUAUAUAAUGCAAAGUAUUUUUAAACUAUAAUAUUAAACUUUGGGGGCAUUUGUAAGCCUGUGUUUUAUAGAUACUGUCUAUUCAGAAUGAUGAGUCAUCUUGCUAUUCAAAUGACAAGGGACUCAUUUUCGUAAAGAUAUUACCGAGGAAUGUCGUGACUCAAGACUCCAUUCACCAUGCACCUGUCAUUCAUUUGCUGAUAAAGUGAUGGAUGAAUUGCUGUACUCUAUAGUUUUUUUAGUUUAUGUUUUCAUACUAUACUGAUACAUUUUUAUUUGUAAAUGUUUUAUUUCUUAGACUUUUGCGGCAAGAUUGUACAUUAUUUUACACACUGAAAAAUAAAAGUUUCAAAUGAA